UGCUCAGUUUGGCCAGGCAGCCAGCUCUAGGAAGAGUCUUGGUGGUUCCAAACCUCUUCAUUUUAAGGAUGAUGGAGAUCACUGUGUUCUUGGGGGAACUUCAAUGCUGCAGACAUUUUAUUUAGUACCCUUCAGAUCUGUGCCUUGCACAAUCUAGUCUCGGAGCUUUACGAACAAUUCCUUCAACCUCAUGGCUUGGUUUUGCUCUGACAUGCACUGUCAGCUGUGGGACCUUUUUAUAUAGAUAGGUGUGUGUACCUUUUCCAAAUCCUGUCCAAUCAAUUGAAUUUACCACAAGUGGAAACAGGAUGCACCUGAGCUCAAUUUAGUCUCAUAGCAAAGGGUCUGAAAUAGUUGUGUAAAUGUAAUUCUGUCAUUUUUUUAAACAUUUUCAGACAUUUCGUAACAUGUUUUUGCUUUGUCAUUAUGUGGUAUUGUGUGUAGCUGGAUGAGGAGCAAAAAUGUAUUUAAUCCAUUUUAGAAUACGGCUGUAACGUAACCAAUGUCUAAAGGGAAGGCGUUUGAAUACUUUCCCAAUGCACUGGAUAUACCUUAAUAUUUAAAUUGUAAGUUUUAACUUGCAAUCCCUUUAACGAAGUCAUAGUUAAGUAAGGUUGAGAAACAAUGCCCACUGCUAAUUCAGUCGUGUAUAUUUUAUUUUUUGUGUGUGUGUGUGUAUAUAGCACGCUCCAUUUGGUAUUUCCUUUUAGUUAGGAACAUGUUUCACACAUCCAGGAUUGACUAUAAACAUGAUGCCAGUUAACAUGAAGGAUAAUGGGCCCAAAUAUAUGUUUAAGGUGCAUUCAGCCUUCAAAAGUAUUCAAAAUGGAUUAAAUAGUUUUGUUCUCACCCAUCUAUACACAAUAUCCCAUAAUGACAUGUUUUUACAACUUUAUGAAAUGCAGCAAUAUGCCAUUUAAAUAAAUAUUCACACCCCUGAGUCAGUAUAGUAUGUGUUAGAAUCACCUUUGGCAGCAAUUACAGCUGUGAGUCUUUCUGGGUAAGUCUAAGAGCUUUGGACACCUGGAUUGUACAAUAUUUGCACAUUUAUCUAUUUUAAGUUAUUCAAACUCCGUCAAGUUGGUUGUUGAUCAUUGAUAGCCAUUUUCAAGUUUUGCUGUAGAUUCUAAAGCAAAUUUAAGUAAACUGACUAGGCCACUCAAGAACAUUGUUGUCUUGAUAAGAAACUACAGUGUAUAUUUGGCCUUUGUGUUUUAGGUUCUUGUCCUGCUGAAAGUUGAAUUUGUCUUUUGGAAAGCAGACUGAACCAGGUUUCCUCCUAUUCCAUUUAUUUUUAAACGAAAAAAAAAAUGCAGUCCUUGCCGAUGAUGGGCAUACCCAUAACAUGAUUCAGCCACCACCAUGCUUAAAAUUUGAAGUGGUACUCUGAUGUGUUGUUGGAUAUUCCCCAAACAUAACUUUAUGUCCUGAAUACAAAGCAUUAAGUUCUUUGACACAUGUUUGGCACUUUUACUUUAGUGUGUUAUUGUGAACAAGAUGCAUGUUUGGUGUGUAGUGUCAUUGUGUGUAGGCCAGUGACUCAUCUACAUUUGAAUACAUUUCAAAUUCAAGCUGUAACACAAUACAUGGAAAAAGUAAAGGGGUGUGAAGGCACUGUACAUCACAAUAUUGGCUGCACAAACCCAGGUAGCAAGUUAUGUUGGUAAAGAUUUUUUAUUGUUGAGUUUUACCUUCCGUAUAUCAUAUUUACAGUGAAGUUCUCAUGACCAGAGAUGUCUCAAAGCUGUAAGUUAAGCAUUUUCCGGGAAGGAUAAUUUUUGCUCAGUUUGUUUCAACAUAGGGGUUGGUGUUAAUUACACAGGAAGUCUUUGGUCACACAGGAAGUCUUUGGUCACGGUUGCAGAAAUAGGAAAAUGUUUUAGAAGAAUGAAACAUGACAUGCUAUACUUCUAGCCAGCACUUGACAUCAUACGGUGUAUUGGGAGGAGGUAAAUGAUUUCCUGAACAUUUUACAUGAAAGUUUGCCACAAGUGGACUCUGGAGGAGGGACUUUGAAGAACCAUGUCUGGCAAGAAGUCAAGAAAAGUGAGAAUGGGAUCAUCACGUCAACCACGUCAGAAUCAAGAUGAACAUGAGACCAACAAAGAUGAUGAUGGGUCCCAAAUGUUGUCAAAGGAAAGGAAAGUAGUUGAAGUUGGGGCUGAUUCAGUUUCAGUGAUGCUCCAAACGGACCGUGUCUCAUCAGAUAACUUAUCAACAAUAACACAACAACACACAGAAAGAAAUAAUCCACCAUUAAAUUACGUCACAGAGUCACAUCUGUCUCAACCUGUAAACCCAUAUCUUCUAAAAUCACUUGACACUGCAGGGAAGAGAAGGAAAAUGGGGUCUACUCGUCAGAAUAAAAGAAUGCCAGAGGAGACAGACUUUGGGGUGAUACAAGACACCAAAACUGGAGACACAGAACAAUCACUAGAACUUCAGGCAUCCAUUGCAGUUGUGGAAUCUGAGUCCCACAGCAAAGGAGAAGAGUGCCUGGGUCCUAAAGAAAGUGAAAGGAACACUGAGAGCAGAAGUCAAAGUGAGUUUCUUUUGUUUGCUUCUAACACACUCAACCAACCGGAUGACAGAUGGAAAGAGGAAGUUGGUGAGGAUACUGAACCUAGAACUAAAACUGUGGUUAGUUAUGGCAGUGAAAUGCUUCAAGAUACUCUUGGAACCGAAUCACUCUUGCAUCUGCCCCUAGACCUUGCGUUGCAUGUUGUUCAUGGACUCGCUGCUGAACCCAUAACAGAGGAGUUGAAGAAAGAGGAAGAGAGGAGGCAGGAAAGUGAGCAUGCCGAGGUGGAGUCCCCCACAUUUCUCAGCUCUAGACAGUCAUUAGAUCAAUCCCUUGAGUCAGACACUUUAACCAACACAGAAGAGUUUGAGUCAGUCAAUAGCACAAUAAUCCUCCAAAGAGGAGAAGGUGAAGAGAAACUUGAACCUGUUGUAAAUGAGUCAGAAUUGCAAGAUGAUAUUAACUCUACUGGUCCAGGCAAUCAGGAAACGUUGCACCAAAGAGAUGAAGAUGAGAACUUUGUUGAUCUGAUAGUUGAGGAAAAUAUAGUACUGGCAAAUAUAACUCAUUUUAGACAACCAGACCAUGUAGAAAGCUUUGAACCUGAACAAAGUGAGGAUAUGACCUGCUUUUUACAAUCAACCCCCUCAGACAGCUCUUUGGGUCAUGACAAAAGUGCUCAAUCAGAGUCCAGGAGAAGAAAGAUGGGUUCAACUCGCAGGAAUCAUAGAGGUAAACAUGAGGAGGAAGAACAUGGAGAGAGUAAGAUGCAUGGAUAUCGUUACCUUUAUGAUGAGGGAGAAGAGGUCAUAUUGGGAAAAGAAGAAAUGCUUGGCAUCGAAGAGACUGCGUUUGAAAUAUCUAUGGAGCCUAAAGGUAGCGCCAGUGUAGACGAGAAAGAAGGAGAGCAGAUGGAGAAUUUCCAAAAAGAGGAAGACACAGAAAACAUAGGAGAGACAGGAAGGGGGUUGGAAAGGGACAUGGGAACAGUGGAAGGAUCUGGUGUUGAAACAUCGGAAGAGUCUCUGUUGUUAUUGGAACCGGAGCAUGGAGCAGAUGAGGAGAAGAAAGGAAUGGAAGAAGAAAGUCUGAUUGAACCCACCCCUUUUGAUCAAUACAUCGAUUCAUUUGGUAUUGCAGAUCAAUUAUAUAACCAAGAGAAAGGCAACAGAUUCAUUGUAGACUCUGUCAAUACAGAAACUGAGAGCAACAAUGAAGCAAGCAUGGCCCACAUUGUUGACCCAAUAGAGCCCUUCAGUGCUGGACUGGACCAAUCAGGAGUCACUUUACUCAGGGAGGAAGAAGUUAGUGAUUUCACACUGAUUGUGAAUAAUUCUGAAGUGAUCAAGUGCAGCCAAAUAGCAUAUGAUUGUGCUCUUACACUAGAGUCAGAUGACACUUUCAGCACUGAUCCCAAAAUCUCUCCUAGUCAACUCAUCCAAACUCCAUGUAUGGAAAUCACUAACCCUUUUCUCAAACCAUUAUUACCGCAUAGUAUUCAGGGGAAUGUGGAGGAUGCAAACACUGACCCCAAUACCACAGGGGGACUGGACACAUCAGAGGUCAUGUUACUCAGCGAGGAGGAAAUGAGUGACCAUGUGCCGCUUGUAAAUGAAGUGAGUGUCAGUAGCCAAAUGACAUAUGAUGAUAGAACUCUCACAACAGAGCCCUGCCAAACAGAUGAGGCUUUGAGCACUGAUCCCAAUAUCUCUGCUCGUCAACUCAACCAAACUCCAUACUCGGAUGAAAGCCAUAACUCUUUUCCCAAUUCACUCUUACUGCAGAGUGUUCAGGACCAAGGUGAUAACGCAGCAAACAUCAACUCCAAUCAGAGUCCUUCUCCGAGCAGGAGGAGAAAGAUGGGGUCGACUCGUAGGCAUCCUAGAAGUGUACAAAGAGAAGAGGAGGACACAGAGGAGAAACAAGAAGUGGAAAUAGAAAGCACAGAGAUAAAAGACAAGAGAGAAAACAUGGAUGCAAUGGAACGUUCUUGCAUGGAGUUUGAAAUGUUGAUGGAAUCUAAGGAUGGAGCUGGUAAUGAGAAGAAUGAAGGAGAAGAGAGAAAUGCGGAGACUGUCCUGACUGACCUCAGCUGUUCAUUCAGUACUUCAAAUCAAGAGGGAAGAAACAUAGAGACUGACAAUAUAGAAAGUGAGAGCCAAUCAAUUAUAAAGGAUUCAAUGGCAACAAAACUCUUGCUUCUACGUGAAGUAGAGUUGACUCAGAUUAGUCAAAUUCUUCACAACACUUACCCUGAUGUUCCUACUAUAGAGUCAUAUGACUCCGACCUGACCGAUGACACACUGAACUCAAAUCCUGCCAUCACUGGUUUGCAACACAAAGGAACAUCAUUGGAGGAAACACUUGAUGAAUCAAGAGGAAACACUGACUACCCUCCAGAUCCACGCUCACUGCAGAGUUCUCUUGUUCCAGAGGAAACAGCAGAGGUAGAAUCCUACACUCCAGGGAGGAAAAGAAAGAUCGGUUCCACUCGCAGCAAGUCUCAUCCAGGUAGAAAAGGAGAGGAGAGAAGAGAGCAGGGGCAGGAGGAGGAGAAAGGAGAAGACACAGAUGUUAUAGGAGAGGUGGGAGAUGUCAUUACAACAGCAGAAAUGGAUUCUAGCAUAGAAAUGACUGAUCUUGUAGAGCUUGAGGAACUUCUAGAAAAAGUGACAGAGGAGCAGGCGAUGGGAGACCCAGCGAUCAUAGUAGUGGAGGGAGAGGUCAACAUAGUAGUAGAAGGAGAAUCUGGCAUCGAAAGGUCUGAGCUUGUAGAACAUACAGAAAAAGUUAGAGAGGCGGAGGAGAUAGAAGUAGAAGUGAAAAUAGUCGCAGAGAGCGAGAGCCACCAAACUCCCUCUGACACAGCAGCUCUUACAGUAGAGGCCCAAGAGUCAUGUGACAUGGUUUGUAUAGAGCCAUAUAUAACAUCACAAUACCUGGUAGACAAUAAUCCCUCAUUAAAUAACCUCACAGAAAUAAAUCUGUCUCAAACUGAAAACCCAUAUCUGCUAGAAUCACCUGACACUGCAAAGAAGAGAAGGAAGAGGGUUUCUACUCGUCGGAAUAAAGGUAAACAAGCAGAGACAGACUUUGGGGAGAAACAAGACGCCAAAACUGGAGACACAGAAAAAUCCCUACAACUUCAGGCAUCCAUUGCAGUUAUGGAAUCCUGGUCCUACAGCAACACAGAAGAGCUACUGGGUCCAAAGGAAAGUGAAACGGACACUGAGUGUCUUUUGUUUGCUUCUAACACACUCGACAAACCGGAUGGCAGAUGGAAAGAGGAAGUUGGUGAGGAUAUAGAACCUAGCAGUGAAGCUGUAGUUAGUUAUAGCAGUGAAUUGCUUCAAGAUACUCUUGGAACUGAAUCACUCUUGCAUCUGCCCCUAGACCUUGCAUUGCAAGUUGUUCAUCGAUUCGCUGCUGAACCCACAACAGAGUUGAAGAAAGAGGAAGAGAGGAGGCAGGAAAGUGAGCAUGCCGAGGUGGAGUCCCCCACAUUUCUCAGCUCUAGACAGUCAUUAGAUCAAUCCCUUGAGUCAGACACUUUAACCAACACAGAAGAGUUUGAGUCAUUCAAUAACACAAUAAUCCUCCAAAGUGGAGAAGGUGAAGAGAAACUUGAACCUGUUGUAAAUGAGUCAGAAUUGCAAGAUGAUAUGAACUCUACUGGUCCAGGCAAUCAGGAAACGUUGCACCAAAGAGAUGAAGAUGAUGACUUUGUUGAUCUGAUAGUUGAGGAAAACAUAGUAAUGGCAAAUAUAACUCAUUUUAGACAACCAGACCAUGUAGAAAGCUUUGAACCUGAACAAAGUGAGGAUAUGACCUGCUUUUUACAAUCAACCCCCUCAGACAGCUCUUUGGGUCAUGACAAAAGUGCUCAAUCAGAAUCCAGGAGAAGAAAGAUGGGUUCAACUCGCAGGAAUCAUAGAGGUAAACAUGAGGAGGAAGAACAUGGAGAGAGUAAGAUGCAUGGAUAUCGUUACCUUUAUGAUGAGGGAGAAGAGGUCAUAUUGGGAAAAGAAGAAAUGCUUGGCAUCGAAGAGACUGAGUUUGAAAUAUCUAUGGAGCCUAAAGAUAGCGCCAGUGUAGACGAGAAAGAAGGAGAGCAGAUGGAGAAUUUCCAAACAGAGAGGAAGACACAGCAAACAUAG